CAGCUCCUGUGGUCCAGUCAGGAAAUGUUCAUGCUUUAUUACAGGAAUGUUUAGUUUAAUGAACCGGUGGGAAGUGCCGCUCUUCGACCGGGCAAGCACACAUCCAGGGAAUGCGCGGAAGAUCAUCUCGAUAGAGCUGCCAUCUACGUGACACUGUCGACAACUAAGUUGUUGGCAGUACUUAUCCAGAAUCAUACACACAUCGCCUUUUACGUUGUUCUCUUUCACAUCUCAUUCAUAUAUUGCGACCAUCAGAAAGUCGAGCGUCCACUUGGGGUUCACGUGACUUAGUGCGAUGGCGAGGUGCAGACUGUGGAGGGGUGACAAAUCCACCGGGACGCUGCAUGAUUCUUCUGUUGCUGGAGGCUCGUACGAUGUCUCCACCCAUAUAAUUGCUUCGAACUCGCACCGAACCUCCCCUGCUGUGAAUCAGCAAAUUUCGAAAGUCGUCUGUCCCCCCAGGACUUCCCGACGUGUCCUAUGUUUUCGUAAUGUCUCUGACGCCCUUCAGAUAAGUUUUUCUGUCGUACAGGAAGCCGUGGGCUUAAUCCCCGUCGCUGGUGCGGGGCUGAAGGCUGCGAUCGCCGGUCUGCAUGCUAUUCUGAAAGAUAUAGACCAACGCGCCCAGAACAAGCACGGCUUGAGUACUGUCAAUGACCGAUUGAACAGCCUCAGCCGCCAUUUGAUCAAUGCCCCACCCACUCGGACUCCCAGCGAAGAAGAAAGGAGACGUAUCUUGACAUGCCAGUUGGAAGAUGGUGCAAGCAAACUGUCGGAAUUGAGAAGUCGUAUCAUAGUUGGAUCCCCCUUGCUUACGGCAGAGAUAGCUGAAUGUUUGAGCGAGAUCUCCCGUUAUAUUUCCGACUACAUGUUCUCAUCCCAAAUGGAAGUUCAUACUGAUGUCAAGCGUAUUGUGACGAUGCUGGAGACAGGAGGGUCAUUACCACUAACCGUGACAUCGGGUCAUGUCACACUGGUUGACGCAACGGGUCGGCAACAUGACAUGUUGCUUGAUCAGUGCAGUUCUUUUGAUCGGCUAGUUGCCUUUCUACCUGGCGUACUUGACCAAUGUCGGCCGAAUGAAGCUGAGGUCCAACGAUGGUAUAUUAACAGGCAACAAUACAAUUUUGCGAUUGACGAUGGCAUUAACGUGACCCAACUGAGGCGUCAAAGUGAUGGCUGGUCAACUAUUCAGCCAGGGACCAAAAUCGUCAUGAGGAUUGUUACUACAGAGGUUGUCAGGAAAUUUUCUGCAAGAUAUCGGUGUCGCUGUGGUACUCGGAAUGAUGUCAAGGUUGACGAAGCCACACUUUUGAAUGCACUGGCACGUGGUUGCAUCAUCACAUGUCGCCGCUGCCAGCGACGCUUUCAGAUUGCAGGCACCAAAGGGACAAUAGUCAGAAGGGAAGGUUCACAGCCCAACGAUGAUAAACCGAGCCAGGAGGCAGAUAACCUCAUUCGCAAUUUUUUGGUGAUCCGAGUGAAUGACAAAAGAAUGCAUGUUUUCGUCUUUCAAGCUGCAAGGUUGCUUAGGGAUUAUCUCAAGGUCAAACGCAUGAAGUAAACUAUAUGGUAUUCACGCUUCGAAGCCGUGUGUAGGAAUAGAGGAUAGGUUCUGUAUUGUAAUUUAGGAAGAGGGCGCUUCGAAGUGGAGGUGAGCCUGUGGUUGGGGUUCUUGUUUCGGUUCCAGGGACUAUUGGAUGGUUUCAUUGAUAGGGGAAGAUUUGGUAGUCGGCGUACAGGGGUAUGUUGUCAUUGGAGACUGCGAUAGGAUCGAAGGCCAGCGAGAACAUCGACGAAUUCGUCAGAUCUGGUGGAAGCUGGGGAGUAUUUUCGAGCCUGUGGAUGGUGGGCGGGAGCUGAAAGUCGAACAUACAGGGUAGGGACUAGUAUCUACCUGCUGCCACGUCUGAGAAUUCUUUGUAUCUCGGCCUUGCCUACUAACAGAUCGCAGCCCAGGCCAGGGGGCACGACUUUUCGAUGAGAUGUCGUCUCUUAUUAUUCCACCACAUGUCGCCGUUGUAUAUACUAUAGGCCCAAGCUGAACCCACAUAUACAUGC